AUGGCCAUUGACCACACAAGCCUCCAAGUUCCAGAGGACAAGUUCCAGGAAUGUCUCAAGGUGUACCUCGCGGCCCUGAAGCCUUUAGGAUACGAAAUCGUGCACCAGUUUGGUCCCCAUGUCGUGGGGCUAGGUUCAACCAAAGACAUUGUCAAGGAUUACAAACCUUCUGAUUUUUGGAUCAUUGGUACCAAGGGAGCUACUGCUGGUGGCUUACACGUUGCGUUUAGAACACAAGAUCGAGCGUCAAUUGAUGCUUUUCAUGCGGGUGCUCUUGAAGUUGGUGCUAAGGACAAUGGGGCCCCUGGGCUGAGGGCAAAUUAUCAUCCUAAUUACUAUGCGGCGUUUGUGCUGGACCCCAUUGGAAAUAACAUUGAGGCUGUUUGUCACCUGCCGGCAUAG